AUGAAGGCAACAAAUGAGAUGCUUAACUACAUGCGUGUGAUCAAAUUCCAGGCUUGGGAGGAGCACUUUAAUAAGAGAAUCCAGCCUUUCCGCGAGUCGGAGUUUAGCUGGCUGACCAAGUUCAUGUAUUCAAUCUCUGCCAAUGUUGUGCACCCCAGUACUUAUAUCAACUCUCACAUUUGGCACUGCACUCUUAUUGGGACCUUCCCACAAUCUAUGAUUUCAAUUUCUCAAGCUAUGAUAUCUCUUGGGAGGUUGGACCGUUAUAUGAUGAGUAGGGAAUUGGUGGAGGAUGCGGUGGAGAGAGGCAAGGGCUGUGAUAGUAGAACUGCUGUGGUGGUUAAAAAUGGCGCGUUUAGCUGGGAUGAUGAAAGCAAAGAAGAGGAUUUGAAACACAUAAAUUUGAAUGUCAAUAAAGGGGAGCUGACGGCUAUUGUAGGGACAGUGGGAUCUGGAAACCCAUAA